AAAUAGCAAAUUCUUUUUAGCCAUGGGCGAGCGCUUCCUUUACAGGGUUUGCUCCCGAGAGGAGCUCAACGAGGCCAAGCUUGAUGGGCUACUGCGAGGCAACACUCUUGACAAGAAAUCGGGUUUCAUCCAUCUUAGUACCAAGUCUCAGGUUGCGGGAGUCCUGGCUCUCUUCUUCGCUGGUAGAGACGAUCUAGUGCUCCUGGUUGUCGACCCUCACAAGUUGGCCGAUGAUGGAGUGGUAAAAUACGAUGAGGCCGAGCCUGGCGUGUUCUUUCCACAUUUCUACGGUCCUGCUGGAAACUUUACACCGAUGCCGCUGGCGGCCGUGGUGGAAGAACAUGCUCUCAUGCUCGAGCAAGGCCUCCAUGUCUUGCCUUUCAAGGACUGAGAUGAAAAGAAAGAGUAAAUUUGGUGGCGGUGGAGACAUCAGCUCCGAGCUACCAUCAUGCCUAGUACGUGAUCGUUCUUUUUUUUCUUGCUUGAAGUAUCGACCACUCUUUCUUUCUUU